GCUUGUCAAAUUUCUAGGUUAACUCAUAACUUGUAAAAUUUUAAUUUUUUUAUGUAAUGGCAUCUCAGGCUAUUAAAACUUUGGGGCUUUUUAAAAAACCAGGCAUAUUUGACAAAGGUGUAGGAGCUCUUCUACCAGAAGCAUACAAAAAGUUUUAUAAAGAAUGGAAACUUACUGAACCUACUGCUGUUCAUUUUAUACCUGAACAGGGGAGCUUUAAAAGAGAUGAUGUAACUGGAGAAGUGCACCCAAUUCAAAAUAUUCCAUUGCCAGUUUUGUACCCAAAAGAACAUAAUUUCCAUUUAUGGGGAGGAGAGGGAAUCAUACAGGGCUUUCAGGUUAGAGGAAAAAAGAAAAGACGAGUUCCUCAUUUCUGGGUUCCCAAUUUAAGAAGAUCAGUUGUGUAUAGUGAGGUUUUAGAUAAACAUAUUUCAGUGAUAGUGACUGAAAGAACUAUUAAUCUAAUUCAGGAGCACUUUGGGUUUGACCACUAUCUUUUAAAGACCCCAGCAUGUGAUUUAAAGUCAAUAUUGGCUCUUGGCUUAAAAAGAAAAAUAUUACAAGACUUACAAAAUGGAUGUCCCAGUUAUGUAAAUAAACCUGAUAAACAAAAAGAAAUUCAUGACCGUUAUAGGAACUAUUUAUCAGCUUAUACUCCUGAUGAAAUAAAUUGGUAUGGCUAUUCAUUUGCCCAAGCUUGUCGUAUGGUCCAGGAAGAUAUCAACAAAAAGGAAGAGGAAGCUAUAGUCCCUUUAAAACAUGUUUUUAGAGCUCAGUUAAUAGAUCAACUUAAAGCUGCCGAUUUAGAAAUUGAAGAAAAUUCCAAAUAUGGGGAACCUAAAGCUGGAUCUUGGCUAAACAAAAUUAACCCCUUUGGUAAAAAACAUGAAACUUAGUCCAAAUGUGUUUUUUAUUGUAAAUUGUUAGAAAUAUA